CUCUGUCUUGGUUGGGCUUCUUUCGAGUAUUUUUGGUACUUCCAAGUUCAGUGGUGGCUUUGGGAAAUAGUAGCUUUUAAAGCUGUGGUUUCAGUGUUUGAGCUCAGUACUAGUUGAUGUGGGUCUCUCUUGUUUACUUCUUCUAAGCUGCGUUCCGUGUAGUUAGUUUUACAGACCUACAUGAUAUGGUCCUCUUUUGGUGGGAGUCAUUGAGCUUAUUCGGAAGAUCUUACGGCCAAUGUGAAGGUUCCUAUGUUGUUGUAACUUGUCUUUGAUCUUUGGGUGUUCGUAUCUAGGAUUGGGCAACCAGAUUUUUGUUGAGGUUGGACAAAAUUUUACGUUUUUGUUUGAUUUUCUGAGGAUUGAUUGCCGGUUGUUUGAGAAUAGUUGUAAAGAGAAAAGGUAGUUUAUUUAGUAUUUAGCACUCUGGCUGCUUUUGGUAUUCUCUUUGUGAAGGUGAUCAGAUGGAUAUGGUGGGUGACAAGGAUAAAUUUGAGCUAGAAAAUAGGAAUGAGGAGGAUCCUAUGAAUUUUGCUGCACCUAGUCCUAGUCCUAGUGUUGACUGGCGAUUUGGUGGUUUGGUUCCCACCGGAAAUCCAAUGGCAGUUAGCAAAGGAUCCACUUCAAUGGUGGUGGAGUCAUUCGGGCCAACCCUUUGGGACCAAAGCCAAACCGCCAAUCCACAAAACUUGGGGGGAUUAUUUUCUGACAUUAAUAAUGUCCAGAACAGUGCAAGCACUUCAGACACAUUAGGAAUUAGAAAAGGUACUCCUGCAGCUGUGGUCUCUUUACCAAGUAUUGAUAAUAAAACAUUUGACAUGGGUUGGAAUCCAACAAGUUCAAUGUUGAACUUGAAAGGAGGAGGGGGAAUUUUCUUACCUGGAAAUGGAAUGCUCCCACAGAGCUUAUCUCAGUUCCCAGCAGAUUCUGCCUUCAUUGAGCGAGCUGCUAGGUUUUCAUGCUUCAAUGUCAAUGGUGGGAAUUUUAGUGAUAUGGUUAACCCUUUGGAAUCUAUGGGGGGUACUAAUUAUUUUAGGGGUGGGGGAAUGAUGCAAGAGGUUUUUGGUGGCAAUGGGCAGUCUCACUCUCAAAAGAAUGAGGUGAUGAAUGUGGAUGAGGCUUUCAAAGAUGUGUCUAUGUCUGCUGAUGAGCAUGAGCAUGAGCAUGGGGCUACUGGAGGUGGAGGGAGCCCCCUAAAGAAUGUUAGAUCUCAUGAUGAAGCUAAACAAGGCAUUGGUGUCGGUGGGUCUGGACCUGGUAAUGAUUCUGAUGAAGCUGAGUUUAGCACUGCAGGUGGUCUAGACGAGCCAUCUGUGUUGGAAGGUACUACAGGUGGGGAACGUUUUGCUGGGGGACUUGAAUCAAAGAAAAGGAAAAGGAGUGAGCAGGAUACUGAAUUGGAUCUAGCCAAAGUAGAUCCACAACAGCCUGGUGAAUCUGCAAAGGAUGACACUGAAAUUCAACAGAACGGAGACCAAAAGCUAACUUCAACUACUAAUAAGAGCUCUGGGAAACAUGGUAAACAGGGUUCUCAAGCUUCAGAUCCACCAAAAGAAGAAUAUAUUCAUGUCAGAGCUCGAAGGGGCCAGGCCACAAAUAGCCAUAGUCUUGCAGAAAGAGUAAGAAGAGAAAAGAUCAGUGAAAGGAUGAAGUUUCUUCAAGAUCUUGUACCUGGUUGCAGCAAGGUCACUGGUAAAGCGGUGAUGCUGGACGAAAUCAUUAAUUAUGUACAAUCACUGCAACGACAGGUUGAGUUUUUGUCAAUGAAACUUGCUACUGUGAAUCCACGGCUAGAUUUUAAUGUCGAAGGACUCCUGGCAAAAGAUAUCCUUCAGUCACGAGUGGGUCCAUCUACGUUGGGAUUUUCACCAGAUAUGCCCAUGGCUUAUCCUCAGCUGCAUUCCUCUCAACAAGGACUCAUUCGAGCAGGUCUUUCUGGCCUGGGAAGUUCAUCUGAUUUGCAUCGAAGAACCAUGAAUUCCCAGUUGACACCCAUGAUGGGAGGUUUCAAGGAACCUACACGGCUACCCAAUGUCUGGGAGGAUGAGCUCCACAAUGUUGUCCAGAUGAGCUAUGGAACCAGUGCUACCCCCAAUAGCCAAGAUGUAGAUGGGUCUCUGCCACCUGGCCAUAUGAAAGUUGAACUUUGAUAAUUAUUUUGGAUUUUAUGCCAUAGUAAUAUGCGUGGUAUAUGCUUGCAAUGCAAUCUUAAGGAAAUAACAAAGCUCACAAGGUUAUCUCUUUCAUUGAUAAAGAUUUAUCAUUGCCGUAUUUACUACAAGCUCUGUGUUAAAUGAGAUGCUACUAGCCGGUGUAAAAGCUUAUAGGGUCAGUCACAUGACCCAAAAGAAGGGAAUGUUUCUCUAACUUGGAGGAUUCUCAGAAAUAUGGUGCGGCAACAGCAGUCACUAUUGUUUCUUUUGUUCAAACAUUACAUAUAAUCCAGAAGUUAAAAUGCUGUAUUCACAACAAUGAGAGAGGAUGUUUGUGAAUCAAGAAGCACGGAUUAAAGUUCGGACUCUACUAGUCUGCGUGUGAAAUAGGCUGGGUGAAUUUAACGAGAAGAUUGGUAGGGAAACCAUGGUGAUGCUCUCUCAAGAUGGGUUAGGAGCCUUUUGUUUAAUCAUAAGCUGACAAAUGUAAUAUUAUUCCUUUUCCAUUAUUCCAUUCUUUCACUGGCUCUGGUAAUAUUGGAGUAAAAACACACCAUUUCCGUGAAUAUUAAGUGAGUAAAUUAAAUUUAAAGCCU